AUGUCCAACUUCUUUGCCUCUCUCACUGACAAGGCCCAGUCCGCGUUGAACGCGUCCCCGCUGGCGCAGCAUCUCCCGUCCAGCAUCACAGGGCAGGGCAGCACCGACAAUGCAGGCGGUCCCCUAAAGUCGCACACUUUUGAGACUAUUCACCACCAGCUCCGCACCUUUCAGCAGCAGUACUCCACUUCCACGACCCCUGUUCAGAGGGUCAUCACCACUGCCAAGGGCGUCGCGAUUGACUUCGAUAGCUACUCCCGGGAUUCUCUUGCACACAGCAAGGAGCUGUACACGUGGAGCCAGCAGGAGGAUGCGGAUAUCAGAGAUGUAACGGAUCGCCUCGCAUGGAUCAAUUACGUUGAAGGUUCACUCGCGAGCCAUCUUGCCACCAAGCUUAAUACGUCGCGUGCACCCUUCAAAGCCCUCCGCGAUGCAGAGGCCACCCUAAGCGCUCGCAGGAACAUCCGCAAUGGCCUGAAGAAUCAGAUUGGCCGGCUUGAACACGAGCAAGCGCGUGGUGUCGAACCUAGGCUCUCAGAAUUGAGGCGUCAGCUACAAGUCGCAGAGACGGAGGAUGAACCCCUCGAGAAACAGGUUGAACUUCUGAAGAGAAAGGCUGUUGCUGAGAGCGAGCGACAGAAAUGGGCGGCAAUGAAUGAGUAUGCGGAAAAAUUGUUGCUGUUGUCCCAAGCCGCCAAUGCUGUCUUACCGGUACUGUCUGGCGUCCCUCCCACAGAGAAACAGCCCUACACAGGUGGAGAGGCCACCGCUUCCGUGCGCGCAGUUCUUCAGCAUGCGCUGGACAAUUAUACUGCGGGAACUACCACUCUUCAACUGCCUCCUGCGGUCGAUCUUAGCAGGUCUGACACACGCAGCUUCGGUUUGACCCAUGCACAGGAGCUUUCAAGGAUCGGCUCUGCUGAUCAAUCCAUCCGACCUGGUAUCCCUGUCACCCCGCCGCCGACCGAUGUGGGCGGUGCGCCUCAGCCCGCGCCUUCUGACAAGUCCAACGCUUCUGUUCAGGCUGGGCAAUCUUCUCAGGGCGCCGGUUCCACUUCGCCACCACUCCGCUUCUCUCCCCCUCCCCAGAGAACUUCUCCGCCUUUGAAUCCUGCGAUGUUGAACCAGACUCCUGCUCCAAUCCCCAUUCCAGCCAGUACAGCUAGCCCUAUCGUUGCUCCGAAUCCAAUGGAUCCGACAGUGAAGAUCCCCUCCGCGAUGCCGACAGUCGCAGAGACGGGUAUGCCGCAGUUUGCUGGAUCUGCUGGCCCGGGACCAGCCAGUGGCUCCCUGCGCGAUCUUAGGUCUGGCAAAAGUCCAGUUCCCAAACAGGGUUCGGGCGCAGAUAAAUUGCCGGGAUACACCAAUCCCAGUAUGACCCCGUCGGACCAGCAGCAGGGUGUUCCGGGCGCCCCGCUGGCCAAAUACGAGAAGGCUGAGGAAGAGAAGAAGAGGUUGGAGCGAGAGGAGAGAGAGCGGGUUCUCGCAGCCUCUAGCAGUGGUGCUGCUGAGAAACACCCCCCAGUAGACAAAGACGGCGAUCAGCCACCCUCGUACGAGGAGAUCUGA